CAUAAAUGUUACUGCAUAUAAAAUCUAUCUUGACUGUCUGAGUUCUUGGAAAUGCUGGUUCUGACUAAGGUUACACCCAUCUUCUUACAGAGCUUGGAACCAAGAACCACCCACCAUUUCAGAGAUGUUACCUGCCACUAUGGUACCUGGGGGCUUAUCUGAAACUAAGCCUGCUACUCCAGAAAUCCAGCAUAUUGUUGACCAGGUGAAGCCAGAAUUUGAAAGAAGGGAAAAGAGAACAUAUGGCAUCUUUCGAGCCAUAGUAUAUAAGACUCAGGUGGUUGCUGGAACAAACUACUUCAUUAAGGUCCAAGAUUCUGAUACUGGCUACGUCCACUUAAGGGUGUUCCAAGCCCUUCCUCAUGAAAACCAAGGUCCCAGACUUGACAGUUAUCAAACCGACAAAACCAGAGAUGAUCCUCUGAUCUACUUCUGAGAGAUGGUGGAGAAUGUUUCCGGACUUCUGCAAGUUGCACGUGGA